UUUCAGGUUUGGUGCUGAGCUGUGGAAAAGGGUGACAGUAAUCACUGAAGAGAAAUAAUGGCCGUCCAUGAGCCAAAAGACAAGUGAGUAGCAGCCUCUUUAUGUGUUGAAUGUGUAUGGCGACAUCUUCAAAUUUUGACAAUGCACCCACAGAUAUAGUAUCAAGUUUCUGUGACACUUUGGCUAGUCCUUCUUGAUAUGGAUAUUGGCAAAUUAUAUUGGAACGUGGUGCUUGCUUAUGCUAAAAAAAUCUACAGGCUUUGUGACUUCUUGGACCCAAAUGGUAGUCCCGCAAAAAUUACUGGAAUUUGCUUAAUUGAAUCCCACAUGUUGUCUCAUAACAGUCAAGUAAUUACCAUUCUACCUUAUCAUUUCUGUGGGCCUACAUACUAUGGUAUUUAUUGUCAAAUUACAAAUAAAGUCUGUAAGCCUAGUUUCCUCUCCUCUGUCAUCCAACAGAAACAAUGGCGUGUGGCUGAUCUUUUUCAUGCUGGGCUUAGGAACUCUCCUGCCAUGGAACUUCUUUAUGACAGCCACCAUGGUAGAGCACACAAUAUUUUCAUAUCAUCUACUUUAAGAGUGUGAAUAAUUAAAGAAUACAUUUCAGAGAUACAAUGCCAGAGCAUUUAGUGAAAUGUCUGCAUUCAUUUCAAAAUAUGUCUCAAGUCUUACUUUUCAGAUAUUCUUAAUAGCCAAUGAUAAUUAAUAUAAAUACUGAUAACCCCUAAUUUAUUCAUUAUAAUAAUUAAUGAUGGAUUGGAUUUAAAUUCAAUAGCAUUUUUCCAAUUUUCUCAAAGUGCUUUACAUUAUAGUAUAUUUUAUACAUUAUUGUAUUUCAUCCACUGACAAUGGAUAGCACCCAUCUGGGUGAUGCAUGGCAGCCAUGUUGUGCCAGAACUAUCACCACACAUCAACAAUUAACUCAAAUUAAGUGACUGUCCUCUGUCUCUACAGUAUUUUACCAGCCGUCUCAGCGACCCCUCCCAAAUGGGCACCGACCUGUCAGGCAAUGGGACCGGGGGAGAAGGGGACAACCGUAGCCUUUUGGAGGCCAAGUUCAAUAACGUAAUGACGCUUUGUGCCAUGGUGCCUUUACUGGUCUUCACCUGUCUCAACUCAGUCCUGCAUCAAAGGUUUGCCCACCACCCCACCCACAUCUUUCCUAAUGCAUUAAAGCUCUACUCCAAAAGUUAUAAAUACAGUAAUGUACACACACAAGGGUAAAAACAUAAUGGUUUGAGAAAAAUAGUGUUUUUUAGACAACUGGGAACUUCUGAAGAUUAGGGCAUUCAAGGAGUUGGUCUGAUGGUAUAAUGUGAUGUCAUUGGCCACCCCUCCUGCUUGAGGAACAAUAGAGGAGCAAUGGAGAACAAAAGAGGAAAGGCCCACUCUCACACUUGUGUCAUGUCAUGUCAUACCUGGACCACCUAUUGAGAUGCGCCUUUUAUUAAAGGCCCAAUGCAGUUGUGUUUAUCUCAAUAUCAAAUCAUUUCUGGGUAACAAUUAAGUACAUUAGUGUGAUUGUUUUCAAUUAAAAUGGUCAAAAAUAAACAAAAAUAACAAAAUCUUAGCAAAAAUGCAAUUUCUCAAGCAAGAUUUUUGCUAGGACAGUCUGGGAGUGGUCUGAUAGAGGGGCCUAAUUGGAGGAGCCCAAUGGGAGGGAUGUGGAACCUAAAAACUAGCUUGUAUUGGCAGAGAAGAGGGAAAACUCACUUUGUUAUUGGUCUAUUAACUCACACAGAGUGUACAGAACAUUAGGAAUACCUGCUCUUUCAUUGACAUAGACUGACCAGGUGAAUCCAGGUGAAAGCUAUGAUCCCUUAUGAGUGUCGAUGAAUGGGAAAAUACAGGUUAAAGAAGGAUUUUUAAGCCUUGAGAAAAUGUAGUCAUGGAUUGUGUAUGUGUGCCAUUCAGAGGGUGAAUGGGCAAGACAAAAUAUUUAAGUGCCUUUGAACGGGCUAUGGUAGUAGCUGCCAGGCGCACCAGUUUGAGUGUGUCAAGAACUGCAACUCUGCUGGGUUUUUCAUGCUCAACAGUUUCCUGUGUGUAUCAAGAAUGGUCCACUACCCAAAGGACAUCCAGCCAACUUGACACAACUGUGGGAAGCAUUGGAGUCAACAUGGGUCAGCAUCCCUGUAGAACGCUUUCGACACCUUGUAGAGCCCAUGCCCCAACGAAUUGAGGCUAUUCUGAGUGCAAAAGGGGGUGCAACUCAAGAUUAGGAAGGUGUUCCUAAUGUUUUGUACAGUCAGUGUAUACUGCUUGGUGAUGUGAAUUUCAUGUAGUCUGUUCAAACAACUCUUACACUAAAAGUGCAUUAUUAUAAUGUUCACGAUUUCACAGUAUUAUUCCAACCUCAUAGUGUGGAAAUAUAUACAUUUUGGACUGCACUGCCGCUUUAAGUAAAUCAGGCGUUAGAGGUGAAAAUGAGAGUGGAGCAGAGAGGAAGAGGCAAAGCGAAAGGUUAUAUGCCGCGUUCACAUUCUAGUCGGAACUAGGCCCAUGAAGUGAGAAAUGUUUGUAUGGAGGUCAAUGAGAGUGCCGAAUUUAAAUAAAUAAAAUUGCUACGUGAGGCUUAUUUGAACGAACAAAAGUUUCGUAAUGGCUAGGUUGUUACGAAAACACUGUUAUAAGUGGUCGCAUGGGCAACUUGGAAAAAAAUUACUUUAUUUCAGAGGUGUGCCUGUUGUCAUAGAGAUAGAUAGAGGACUCAUCAUGGCUAUAACCAGUUUUAGUAUGAACAUUGCCAUUGUGGGCUUCCACCAUUUUAAAGUAGUCAACUGGGUGGGGAUUCCUAUGAGAUGGGAGCAAUCAGCCAAUGAAGAAGAAAGUGUACUACUUUAAAAUGGAGAUAGUCUCAAUGGCGUUGCCAAUGCUUUCACAGACACUAUAAUGGAUAUAUAUAUGUAAUCACUAACUGUAAGUCGCUCUGGAUAAGAGCGUCUGCUAAAUGACUUAAAUGUAAAUGUAAAUGUAAUGGCACAGAUACAAAUAUGAGUCCUCUAUCUAUCUCUAUGGCCUGUUGUUCGCACGCAUAUCUGCCCUCUCAUUGGCUAGAAUGGUCCCACCUGAUCUCGCCUCCUCCCGCCUGCCUUCCAUCUUUGAGAACAUGUAUUUCCAUUGUUAGAGUGGUCACUUGAAUAUCUUGCCAAUAUAAUAGACAAUCUUUGACUGGAGUAGGACUUUAAUCUAUUGCUGGACAAGCUAAUAUGAUAAUGUGUGCCUGUAUUGAGCAGGCAUGUUUAGAAUCCCUUUGGGGUUCAACUUAGACGGUUGUACCCUUUGUACACUAUUGUGCCGACCCAAUCUGCACUGUGCUAGCUCAGAUAUUUUCUUUUCACAUUUUCCUUUCCAGCAUGGUUCCAGCAACUACAGUGGAUCCAUAGCCAGGCCAGCACAUUUCAGCUUGGCCCAGCUCGGUUCAGUAGUGUAAAAAGUAUACUAUGCAGGAUAACCACUUGUAAUCAGCAUAAGAUUGACCUCAGAUAUUUCACUCCAACUCUGUAACUCCCAGGAUUCCUCAGAAGUUUCGGAUCAUGGGCAGCCUGGCAGUGAUUUUGGUGGUGUUUCUUCUGACGGCCAUCUUGGUAAAAAUAGAGAUGGCACCCCUCCCCUUCUUCACGUUGACCAUGAUCAAGAUUGUCAUCAUAAACUGUGAGUUUUUCCGGCCUUUCUAGGGUCCCUUUUUUGCCCCCUUCCUCCCUCUUUUUAACGUGUCAAAUCUUUUCCCCUUCAAUCAUCUGAGUUGUCCUGAAAGUAGAACUAGGUCUCAGCACCCUCAAUGUCGUAAGUCUUUAUUUUACAUUUUGGUAAUUAGCAGAUGCUCUUAUCCAGGGCGACUUACAGUCAGUGCAUUCAACUAAGGUAGAGAGAACAACCACAUAUUACAGUCAUUACAAAUAAUACAAUUUGUCAAUAAAGCAUCUAUCAGCAAAAUCAGUGCUAGUAAGAAAAUACAAGUGUGAGUGUUAGUGCAAGAAUGACACAUACAACAGUAAGGUAUUUGUUUUGGGGGGGCAUUCACAACUAGCAGGAUAACUAUAACUGAGUUGAGUUUUAUUUCAUUAUAUAUGGCAGCUAGAAGCUGAAUUGCGUAUACAGGAAAUUCAGGAAAAAUAAAUCAGGCUAAUCAAGAAAGUAAAGAGGUCUGAAGAGAUCAUGGACCAGAGAGUUGUUUUGAUGUUUGAGAGAAGGAAACAUCGAUGCUCUGAGUGGAGGGAGCAUCUCGAUCACAGCUGGUCAGAGUCAAAAGACAGGCAGGUCAGUAGCCUCAGCUGCGCACCUGGUCAUACUCCUUCGUAGACAAUUAACUGUCUAGUCUUGCACUACCACUUGGGUAGUGCCACUGCUGCUACUAGGGCACUUACAGAUGUCGGAUCUUAAUUUGACCCCCUUCGUCGCAGGAUGAAAAAUAGUCCUGCAGCAGGAGGAUUUGAAUGAAGAGUGAAUAUUUCAAAUCGCCACCAGGGGGCAGCUGGAAGCGGUGUUUGUAGGAUAUACAAUAAUUUUGGUCCACCGGGCUUCAGUUCAAGUAACAUAUCUAGGCUAUGUGCAGGCUACAGUGCAUCUCUUGUAAAUUCUCAUGGAUUAUAAUAAAUUGACAUAUUUGUAGGGGGUAGAUGUAUCAUUUUUUUAAUCAAUUGUUUUAUUAUACUGUAUGUUCAAGGCAAUCAAUAGGCGGAAUAAAUUAGUGGUUGCCUAAGUGGCUGUGUGGUCCAGUGGUUACAGCCGUUGACCCUGGCACUCAUAUGCCAGAGUUUGCAUGAGUUUGAAUCUGCCCCACUGCCCUUUGAGUUUUUAGAGGAAAUAGUACUUUUCUAGUUACUCUCUGUGGGCUAUACUUGUACUCUUACUCAAGUAAUUUCUGAAGGAAGUAACUUACUUUUUACUCCAUUAUAUUUUACCAAAUCACUUCAGUUACAUAGAUAUAUUAUAUUAUUAUAUCGUUGCUGUCAGAUGAAAACCUCGUAACUCCAAAUGUGUUGUUUUUCAUUUUUUUACAUGAAUCGAUACUAUUGGUUCCCGUUUACGUCUGUAUGAACGUUUCACGACCCCUUGACCAAUGAAAUGUAUUCAAAAUAGCUUGUCAUCAAAACUCGUAAGUCCAUUUGCUCUCAAAGUUGUCCGUCAAACCCUGGAUCUCCACCAUGACUCUUGAAGGGAAGUGCACGUCUUUACUCCUGAGGAUAUUUUUUUGGUGGGUUCUUACCAAGUCGCUAUCAGAGGUAAGUUGCACUAUAAUUACCUUUUUCCUUUGUAAUAUUAUAUAUUUCUGGAGUAAAAUAAGUAUUUCUCAGAUAUAAUUCUGCUAUUGAAAUUGUGUUUUGAGGGCGAGUGCAAAUCAAAUGGCUAGUUCGCCUGGAAACCCGACGUUGAAUUGCAUUGAAUUCUACGUUGGGCAGAAAUGAUCAUUUGAAUCAGGAAAGUUUCCUCUCACGACCUCUACAAGCCAAAAUGAAUUAAAAUUAUAUUUUAAUGUACUUUACCGGUUGUCAGUGCAGUUGGUCCUUUUGGCGGUAGGAAUGUUAGAUAAUAUAUCCACAGGAAAGUAUAAUUACAUAAAUCUUUCAAAACGCUGGUAAUGUGUUCAGAUUUCUAUCACCUGAAACAUGCGCAGAACCAUGUAAACACAUACACAUGCUUCGUACAGUGGGGAAAAAAAUGUAUUUAGUCAGCCACCAAUUGUGCAAGUUCUCCCACUUAAAAAGAUGAGAGAGGCCUGUCAUUUUCAUCAUAGGUACACGUCAACUAUGACAGACAAAUUGAGAAAAUGUUUUCCAGAAAAUCACAUUGUAGGAUUUUUAAUGAAUUUAUUUGCAAAUGAUGGUGGAAAAUAAGUAUUUGGUCACCUACAAACAAGCAAGAUUUCUGGCUCUCACAGACCUGUAACUUCUUCUUUAAGAGGCUCCUCUGUCCUCCACUCGUUACCUGUAUUAAUGGCACCUGUUUGAACUUGUUAUCAGUAUAAAAGACACCUGUCCACAACCUCAAACAGUCACACUCCAAACUCCACUAUGGCCAAGACCAAAGAGCUGUCAAAGGACACCAGAAACAAAAUUGUAGACCUGCACCAGGCUGGGAAGACUGAAUCUGCAAUAGGUAAGCAGCUUGGUUUGAAGAAAUCAACUGUGGGAGCAAUUAUUAGGAAAUGGAAGACAUACAAGACCACUGAUAAUCUCCCUCGAUCUGGGGCUCCACGCAAGAUCUCACCCCGUGGGGUCAAAAUGAUCACAAGAACGGUGAGCAAAAAUCCCAGAACCACACAGGGGGACCUAGUGAAUGACCUGCAGAGAGCUGGGACCAAAGUAACAAAGCCUACCAUCAGUAACACACUACGCCGCCAGGGACUCAAAUCCUGCAGUGCGAGACGUGUCCCCCUGCUUAAGCCAGUACAUGUCCAGGCCCGUCUGAAGUUUGCUAGAGUGCAUUUGGAUGAUCCAGAAGAGGAUUGGGAGAAUGUCAUAUGGUCAGAUGAAACCAAAAUAUAACUUUUUGGUAAAAACUCAACUCGUCGUGUUUGGAGGAGAAAGAAUGCUGAGUUGCAUCCAAAGAACACCAUACCUACUGUGAAGCAUGGGGGUGGAAACAUCAUGCUUUGGAGCUGUUUUUCUGCAAAGGGACCAGGACGACUGAUCCGUGUAAAGGAAAGAAUGAAUGGGGAAAUGUAUCGUGAGAUUUUGAGUGAAAACCUCCUUCCAUCAGCAAGGGCAUUGAAGAUGAAACGUGGCUGGGUCUUUCAGCAUGACAAUGAUCCCAAACACACCGCCCGGGAAACGAAGGAGUGGCUUCGUAAGAAGCAUUUCAAGGUCCUGGAGUGGCCUAGCCAGUCUCCAGAUCUCAACCCCAUAGAAAAUCUUUGGAGGGAGUUGAAAGUCUGUGUUGCCCAGCGACAGCCCCAAAACAUCACUGCUCUAGAGGAGAUCUGCAUGGAGGAAUGGGCCAAAAUACCAGCAACAGUGUGUGAAAACCUUGUGAAGACUUACAGAAAACGUUUGACCUGUGUCAUUGCCAACAAAGAGUAUAUAACAAAGUAUUGAGAAACUUUUGUUAUUGACCAAAUACUUAUUUUCCACCAUUAUUUGCAAAUAAAUUCAUUAAAAAUCCUACAAUGUGAUUUUCUGGAUUUUUUUUUCUCAUUUUGUCUGUCAUAGUUGACGUGUACCUAUGAUGAAAAUUACAGGCCUCUCUCAUCUUUUUAAGUGGGAGAACUUGCACAAUUGGUGGCUGACUAAAUACUUUUUUUCCCCACUGUAAGUAUGCAUGCGUCUCGUGCAUGUAUUUUUUAUCUUGUGUGCAUGCUUCAGGUGAUAGAAAUCAGAACGCAUUCCUACCGCCAAAAGGACCAACCUCACGGACAACCGGUAAUGUAUGUUAAAAUAUAAUUUUAUUCAACAUUCUGGCUUGUAGAGGUUCUGAGAGGAUUCAAAUGCUAAUUGCUGCCUGACAUAGAAAUCAAUGCAAUUCAACAUCGGGUUUCCAGGCAAAUGGUUAAUUAGCGUUAGCUAACCCAGAAUCUGACAACGUUUAAUCUCCUGUUUUUAGCUCCCCAUAUUAUCUCUGCUUGUUGGCUAACUAUCCACCUUGUCAUUGACAUAAAGAGUGAACAGAUUAAUCAGAUGUGUGUGGCAAUAACUAACUAGCUAUCACAUUAGGUUGCCACUAGAUACCCUGGCUAAGCUAGCUAGCUAGCUGCAGUGUCAACCAUGUAGCUAACUUACAUUAGCUAGAUUAACCGGUCAGUCCAGCGCAGCAUUCUCCCACUCCAUUUCUCACUCGUGUGUGUGUGUGUGUGUGUGUGCAUGUGUGCGCGUGUGUCUAAAUGUCAUUCUGUUUUUAUGACAAGCCCUAUAAGCACAUCUGUCAGUGUAUCAACUCAGUAAGCUGUUUGUGCCAUAUACUACACUGAACAAAAAUAUAAACGCAACAUGCAACAAUUUCAAAGAUUUUAAUGAGUUACAGUUCAUAGAAGGAAAUCAGCCAAUUGAAAUGAAAACAUUAUGCCCUAAUCUAUGGAUUUCACAUGACUGGGCAGGGGCACAGACAUGGAUGGACCUGAGAGGGCAUAGGCCCACCCACUUGGGAGCAAGGCCCAGCCAAUUAUAAUGAGUUUUUCCCCACAAAAGGGCUUUAUUAUUAUAGACACACCCCUCCCCUCCUCAGACGAUCCCGCUGGUGUAGAAACUGGAUGUGGAGGUCCUGGGCUGGUGUGGUUACACGUGGUCUGUGUUUGUGAGGCCAGUUGGACGUACUGCCAAAUUCUCUAAAACGAUGGCUUAUGGUAGAAAAUGAACAUUAAAUUAUCUGACAACAGCUUUGUUGGGAAUUCCUGCAGUCAGUAUGCCAGUUGCACGCUCCCUCAAAACUUGAGACAUCUGUGACAUUGUUGUGUGACAAAUAGUGGCCUUUUAUUGUCCCCAGCACAAGAUGCACCUGUGUAUUGAUCAUGCUGUUUAAUCAGCUUCUUGAUAUGCUACACCUGUCAGCUGGAUGGAUUAUCUUGGCAAAGGAGAAAUGCUCACUAACAGGGAUGUAAACACAUUUGUGCAAAACAUUUGAGAGAAAUAACCUUUUUGUGAUUAUGGUAAAUUUCUGGGAUCUUUUAUUUCAGCUCAUAAAACAAUGUACAUGUUGCAUUUAUAUUUUUGUUCAAUAUAGAAAUACAAAUAUGUGUGUGUGUGUGUGUCUUUUUAUUUACAGCUUGUUGUGGCAUCACCGAGAGGGAAGAGAAUGGGCCAUCCAAGAAAAGAAAAUACCCUUCAAAGUGGAAAGGAGUGGUUCGUAAGAGGAGGAUGUAGGGUAAACAUUCUACCUUGGCAAGAAAAAAAUGAUUGAGUUGACUGGCAAUUAGUAUCUGCACUGUUUGAUCAUUUAUUACUUAUAUGAUUCUUUCCUUAUUACCUACCUUGAUGUUUAAUUCCAUGCUGAAAUGUGUCUGAUUUGCAUACUAGUAACAUGAUCGAUAGUGACAUGUCGAUAUUGAUUGUUGUUUGACUGUUGUACCACUUACCUGAUCCUCCUUGAUAUUUCAUUCUGAGUGAAAAAAAAUGUAACAUCACACUUGGUGUAAAUCUUUUUAGUAGGCAUUCACCAUCACAUGUAGACUACUUGAAAUUGUGUUGUGAAAUACAUUUUCAUCAAUGCUAUUGAAAUGUUUAAAUUAUUCCAAUGUCUUGAGUACCAUUUACAGUGAGGGAAAAAAGUAUCUGAUUUUGUACGUUUGCCCACUGACGAAGAAAUGAUCAGUCUAUAAUUUUAAUGGUAGGUUUAUUUGAACAGUGAGAGACAGAAUAACAACAAAAAAAUCCAGAAAAACGGAUGUCAAAAAUGUUAUGAAUUGAUUUGCAUUUUAAUGAGGGAAAUAAGUAUUUAACCCCCUCUCAAUCAGAAAGAUUUCUGGCUCCCAGGUGUCUUUUAUACAGGUAACGAGCUGAGAUUAGGAGCACACUCUUAAAGGGAGUGCUCCUAAUCUCAGUUUGUUACCUGUAUAAAAGACACCUGUCCACAGAAGCAAUCAAUCAGAUUCCAAACUCUCCACCAUGGCCAAGACCAAAGAGCUCUCCAAGGAUGUCAGGGACAAGAUUGUAGACCUACACAAGGCUGAAAUGGGCUACAAGACCAUCGGCAAGCAGCUUGGUGAGAAGGAGACAACAGUUGGUGCGAUUAUUUGCAAAUGGAAGAAACACAAAAGACCUGUCAAUCUACCUCGGCCUGGGGCUCCAUGCAAGAUCUCACCUUGUGGAGUUGCAAUGCUCAAGAAAGCACAUAUACAGGCCCGUCUGAAGUUUGCCAAUGAACAUCUGAAUGAUUCAGAGGAGAACUGGGUGAAAGUGUUGUGGUCAGAUGAGACCAAAAUUGAGCUCUUUGGCAUCAACUCAACUCGCCGUGUUUGGAGGAGGAGGAAUGCUGCCUAUGACCCCAAGAACACCAUCCCCACCGUCAAACAUGGAGGUGGAAACAUUAAGCUUUGGGGGUGUUUUUCUGCUAAGGGGACAGGAUAACUUCACCGCAUCAAAGGGACGAUGGACCGUCAAAUCUUGGGUGAGAACCUCCUUCCCUCAGCCAGGGCAUUGAAAAUGGGUCAUGGAUGGGUAUCCCAGCAUGACAAUGACCCAAAACACAUGGCCAAGGCAACAAAGGAGUGGCUCAAGAAGAAGCACAUUAAGGUCCUGGAGUGGCCUAGCCAGUCUCCAGACCUUAAUCCCAUAGAAAAUCUCUGGAGGGAGCUGAAGGUUCGAGUUGCCAAACGUCAGCCUCAAAACCUUAAUGACUUGGAGAAGAUCUGCAAAGAGGAGUGUGACAAAAUCCCUCCUGAGAUGUGUGCAAACCUGGUGGCCAACUACAAGAAACGUCUGACCUCUGUGAUUGCCAACAAGGGUUUUGCCACCAAGUACUAAGUCAUGUUUUGCAGAGGGGUCAAAUACUUAUUUCCCUCAUUAAAAUGCAAAUCAAUUUAUAACAUUUUUGACAAGCGUUUUUCUGGAUUUUUGUUGUUGUUAUUCUGUCUCUCACUGUUCAAAUAAACCUACCAUUAAAGUUAUAGACUGAUCAUGUCUUUGUCAGUGGGCAAACGUACAAAAUCAGCAGGGGAUCAAAUACUUUUCACCCUCACUGUACCUUUUUCUGAAAUUGAGCACAUUAAUAGAUAUUAAGCUAACUUUGAAUAAGACCGUAAUUGAAACUGUACAGCCUACGAACUUAGUUUGAUGUGAGUCUUUAUUGGAGACUACUUAGGGUGUAUUCAUUACGGAAACCGUUUACUGUUUAAUUAAGAACCAAACGGAAGCAAACAGGGACCUACCUGAAUUUGUCCAAUAGAAACUGUAGUUAGCAUUUUCCGUUUGGAGUAAACGGUUUCUGUUGCAAUAUGUUUUGCAACAGAAUCUGCGUACUGAUUACACCUCUGUGCUGGAGUACAUCUGCAAGAUGGUGCUGGCAGGCUUAAAUAAUAAAUGAAUGUCAAAUCAAUUGCACUAAGUAGUUUUCCUUUUUGUUUUCUGUCACAGUUUAGCAAAACAUAAAAAAAUUACCUAACUAAAUUUGUAACUAGUAGGUUACUUAAGUAGUUUUCUGACCGGAUACUUUGUUACUCUCACUUGAGUAGUUUCUUAUUAGGGCUACUUUUACUUUUACUUGAGUAAAUUACAAUCUAAGUAACAGUAAUUUUACUUAAGUACAGAUUUUCAGUACUCUACCCACCUCUGCAAAUUAUACAUAGCCUAACUAUAAAAGCUGGGCGAGCAUACACACUGGAGGAAAGUUUAUUGUUAUACAGUAGGCCUACAUCUGUCAAUCAACUGAUGGCCCAAAUCAGUUCAUCAACUUUAGCCAGGGAAACACAAACAGUAGCCUAUUAACAAGGGGCCUAUUGCCACCAUUGAUGGCACUAGAUUAUCGCAUGUUGAUGUUUCGUUAAACCAUCAAUAUGCUCUAAAUUCAUCCACACAGCUGAUCUCAAUUGCAACCAUUAUUGGUCACAUCACAUCAAGAUGAUGUUGGUGUUACCUUAGUCAGAGAUCUGUAUAUAAUGAUGAGAUGCUCAUGUCUCUGCCCUAACAAUGGGAGUCGUUUUCCCAAAGGCAGGAAGGCAGGCGACAAAUGUAGGUCUGCAUAUGAAGGCCAUAGAAACGCAUUGGGCUUAUUCUGGACAGAUUUUGGCAAGAGUGAGCCCUCUUACUUUGCCUCUUCCUCUCUGCCUUAGUUCUGCUUGCAACCAAAGUAUUUCAAGAUACAGAAUGUUCACCCUGUGGUUGGUAUUGUCAUCGAAACAACUUAGUCCUUUUUGAACCAACUAAGGGCGAUUUAUCUAUUUGACAAACAUUCCGUACAAUAGAAAUAAAAGUAUUUCCUUGUUUACCACGGCAAAUCUACUUUGGCAAUUUACCCGACACUUUGUAUGAAUGGAAACUAAUGUUGGUGUAGCCUACUCUUAUUAUUUUAUUUGUUUCCUAUUUAUGUUAUCCAAAAGUGUCUGGGUGAAAUAUCCCUGGACUGUCCAUAUUUGAAAUGUGUAACUAAAUCAAGUCAAUUGGGGGGAUUGAGUUAUUUUUGCCAGAAGGGAGUAAGCCAGAAUCGAACCCACACUGACAUGGUAGGCCUAUAUCUGCGCCCUGAAGGCAAUGGCCCUAACCACUAGACCAUCCCAGGCCACGAUUGAACUGAAUUUUGACAAGUCACUCGUAACCUUAGGAUACACUUCACACGUGUACGUCAUAGCCUAGUGAAGACCAAUAUCUAUUUUGUGUUAUUAAGCUAUAUUUAAUGACGGUGGUUGAUAUGUAUGGAUGCAUUUCAGAAACACUGUUGCAUUAGUAGGGCCUAGAGAUAUGAUUUUGAUAGCAGGCCUGAUCCCAAUGACUCAACUGCCCCCGCAUGGAUAGAAAGAGAACUGCACAUUUUCAAGGAAUCACAAGGCUCAUUUGAAUUUCCUGAUGUAGCAGGACAUUUCUCCCUGACAAAAGAGUGAUCAAGUUAAGAUCCACAAUCUGUAGGCUCACCACACAUUUGAUAAAAGGUAAUAGCGGUAACAUUGUUUACAAUUCAUUUCUAUUGAGCACAACAUAAUCCAAAACACAACCAAAGCAAAUGCAUCCAACAAGUUUGUAGAGUCACAAGUCUGAUGUAGUCAUUGUGUGCUAAGAAUAUAGGACCAAAUACAAAAAUGUUGACUAAUUUAAUACACUAUAAUUGAAUUUGUUCAAAUACUUAUGACAAAUAAUUUCAUUUCUAAAUGGUAAAACAGAUAUGUAUGAGAAUACCCUCAAAUAAAAGGCAUUCUGUUCUGUCACCUCAUGAAACACCUCCAAAUACUAGAGUAUACAGUAGAGCCAAAUUAAAAGAUUUAGCUUCAUUGUCCAAAUAAAUAUGUAGGGGAGUGUACGAGCGAUAAUUGGGGCAUAUUGGAAUCACUGUCUGAGUAGUUAUUCAUUUGUCAAGCGAUAAUUCCUUGUUGUUGUAUGACUGGACUGUUUUUUUUACAACCUCUUCAGCCUUUGGCGCUAUCCUGCAGGGCAGUCUGUUUGGCAUGGCAGGCCUAAUGCCUGCCAAAUACACCACGCCCAUCAUGAGUGGGCAAGGCCUGGCGGGCACUUUCGCUGCCUUCUCCAUGAUCUGUGCUAUCGCAAGUAAGUCUGAGAGAUGAUACACCUUUUUUAAGAGGGGGCAACCGUGGCAUUUCAAAAUCAACUCUCUCUCACUCUCUCUCUCUCUCUCCUUCACCAGGUGGCUCAGAGAUAAAUGAUGCUGCUUUUGGAUACUUCAUCACAGCCUGUGCAGUGAUCUUAUUGGCCAUAAUAUCCUAUGUGGUCCUCCCUAAACUGGUAAUAACUGAACUCUGGAUUUAAUAUGUUAUUACAUACAUUUGGCUGAAAAUGUGCUUAGGAGAGUCUACUCAAUGAUAAUAAGUAAUGCAAGUAAUACUUUCGGGCAAUUUUACCGUAAUAGAAUUACGGUGAAAUCUCCCUCAGUUUUAUUCUUUGUAUUUGCACAGUGUUUCCUGUAAAUUCUCUUCGGAAAUUGUUAAAAGUAGUCCUUGUGCAUAGAGUUUUAUGGUUUGUUAAACUUUGAAAUCAAUGUAUUUUCUUUGGUAUACAUUUUAAAGUGAAACAUCUGAGUCUCAGCGUAACUCCGUUACCCUGGUUACCCUUCCACAACGUUUCAUUCACUACUUAUUCAUUUCCCAGUGUUGUUAAAGAAAACAAGAUAUGUAAUACCUCCAUUUGAGCCAUUCCAGUUGAUCUCUUCCGUUUAACGACCAUCCCCAGUGUGAAAUAAUUGGUCAUUCUGAACCUUACUUUAGGAGUUCUACCAAUAUUAUAAGAGCCAAAGUGGAAACAGGGUUAGUGAUGAGGAGAACAAGCUGGAUCUUCUCAAGAAAGGUAAAAUGACAGCAAUUUCUGUUUCUUAUAUUUGUGAAAAUAUUAAAUGUAGAAAUAAGAGAAUUGUCCUUUUUAUUUUAUUGUAUAGAAAAGUAA